GAGAAAGAGGGCUGUUGCAGGAUAAGUUGUGCAACCAGUAAAACCACUGUCAACAGAUUGGAGAAAUCAAACAGCGUCACAUGAGUGAUUCCCGGAACUCGGAGUGCGCCUUGAGAGUGUCGUGCCCCACAGCCCCGGUGCAACCUGGGUCUAACACGCAAAGAAGAGCCGCUCUCUCCGGCCACACUUCUCGCCUCAUGUCGCUGACCCUGUGCUGACCAUCAGUAUGCAAUGGCCGGCCCAAGCGCCUCAUUUGUCCAGAUCAAGUUCGAUGACAUCCUCUUCUACGAGAACUGUGGCGGGGGCAGCUUCGGGAGCGUGUACCGCGCCAGGUGGAUCUCCCAGGACAAAGAGGUGGCCGUGAAAAAGCUGCUCAAGAUCGAGAACGAGGCUGAAAUUCUGAGUGUCCUAAGUCACAGAAACAUCAUUCAGUUUUAUGGAGCUGUCCUGGAGUCACCCAACUAUGGCAUUGUUACUGAGUAUGCUCCUGGCGGUUCACUGUAUGAUUACUUAUCCAGUGAGGAGAGUGAGGAGAUGGACAUGGGCCAGAUCAUGACAUGGGCUGCAGAAAUCGCUAGAGGAAUGCACUACUUACAUUCAGAUGCUCCUGUUAAAGUUAUCCACAGAGAUCUCAAGUCAAGAAAUGUUGUGCUGGCUGCAGACAGAGCAUUGAAAAUCUGUGAUUUUGGUGCCUCUAAGUUCCUAACCCACACUACGCACAUGUCUCUGGUGGGAACAUUUCCCUGGAUGGCCCCGGAGGUGAUCCAGAGUCUACGAGUGUCAGAGACUUGUGACACUUUCUCCUAUGGAGUGGUGCUGUGGGAAAUGAUGACACGGGAAAUACCCUUUAAUGGUUUGGAAGGUUUGCAAGUGGCCUGGCUGGUGGUGGAGAAAAAUGAGAGGUUAACUAUUCCUAGUGGUUGUCCAAGUAGCUUUGCCGAGCUGAUGAGAAACUGUUGGAAAACUGAUCCAAAGGAGCGGCCAAUAUUCAAGAGUAUCCUCUGUACACUGGAGUCCAUGUCCCGCGACAGCCAACUUCCCCAAGAGUGUAACUCUUUCCUGCACAACAAGGCUGAAUGGCGGUGUGAGAUAGAAGCUACUCUGGAGAGGCUGAAGAAGCUGGAGAGAGACCUGAGCACCAAAGAGCAGGAGCUGAAGGAGAGGGAGAGAAGGCUGAAGAUGUGGGAGAGGAAGCUCAUUGAGCAGUCCAACAGUCCGUUACUGCCAACCCUUGAUAUCUACACCUGGACAGAGGAGCAUGUGUAUUUCUGGAUGCAGCAGUUAUUUGGUGGAGACGAGGAUGCCUGCGGCAUGCAGGGCUAUGCUGACCUAUUCAAAGAGAACCACAUCACGGGGCAGAGACUGCUGCUGCUGACAGAGAACGACAUGAGGGACAUGGGGGUCAAGUCUAAAGGCCAUGUGAUCCACCUCAAGGGUGAAAUUGAAAAGCUGGCUAAUGAUUACCUUGGCCUUGUUCACUUCCCGCCACUGUUCAAGGAGGAGCUGGAGAAGCAGGUGGAGUUGAGUAAAACGGUCAAACUGGAACUGGUGUUUGGAUACCACUGGAAACCUGGGACAGGGAGCUCUGAUUGCAAAUGGAAAAUGUACAUGGAAUUUGAUGGUGACGAUGUUGCAGUGACUUACAUUAAAGAUGUUGUAUUUAAUGCUAAUCGACAAGAUGUGGAAACCCUGCGGAUGACAAAGCCCCCUUUUGUUAUGGAUAAAUGGAUAGUUGGAAUCGAGCCAAACCAAAGAGUGGACUAUGUGGUGACUUAUGAGAAUGAUGUCAAGUCUCCAAAGUCUACCAGACACAGCUAUUCUGUGAAGUGGAGUCUCAUUGGUGGACAGGAUGAGAUCAAGGCAGUUGAAUUGGUCAUUGAAACGGCAUCAGUGAAUUCAGUCUUUGACCUCAGGAGUGGAACUAAUUCGGAUAUUGACCAAGUGUGGAUGUACAAUGUGCGGAGGAGACAGAUGAUGGAGGAGAAAUCCCAACCUCCAAAAGCUGCGCUCAAAUCCUUAAGCAGCUCUGAAGCCUGCACUCUGCCUCAGUUCCUGUCUGCCCAUGAGAGCCAUGGCUUCUCCUAUGCUGCAGCUUUGCGUCGCUCUCCCAACCGCAACCAUGUGACUUCCUGGACAGACCAGCGAAGUGUUUCUCCCACAGCAAACCUUACACCUAAACUGUCCCAACUUCAUCUGGGGUCAAAGGGCAGCAGUCCAUCCAGCACCACGUCAGAGAGUGCUUCAGAGAGAGACCGAGAGAGGCCACUUAGUGCCGGACCACUCCACAAACAUCGCGGCUACUUUGGAAACACUUUGACUGUGGGAGGGGAGCAGAGCAGGGGGCAACCAUGGACUCAUAGUAGGGGCAACUAUAGUCAUAAUAAAACCAACAAAAGCUCUCGGCAACCAGGAAGGCCACGCUCCAACAGUUACAGUGUCACUUCAGCAAUCCGCCCACCCGCGAUUCCAGGUAUAUUGUCUGUGACUGGCAACCCCAGUCAGGAAAAAGAGGAGGCUAAAGCUAGUGAGGGCGGCUGGAUCAAAGUGGAGCGUCAGAAGCGAUUACCACGUCAGGACAAUAAACAAGUCAGAGGUCGAGGGAGGAGAGGGGGCAGGGGAGGGCGGGGAGCAGGAACAAGGACUUAAUAUGGCCUCUGUGUGUUCACACUAUCAUGCACUGAAGCUUGUAAUCAUGUCCAAAGGCUUUAAAUUAGAGCUAUGUAUUAUGAUUUUUUUUAUAUUUUAUAAACCUUCAAUGUCUAUUUAAUAUGUAUUUAUUAAAAUUUUAACACAU